AAAAAAAAAAAAAUUCAAAUUAUGGCAACAUCAGAAGAAUCACCACUUCCACCUCAUGCUUUUGAUUUAUAUCUUGUGGAUACAAGUACGGCAAUAAUUAAUGCAUGGAAAAAAGAAUUAUCAAAACUGCCAGAAAAAUUAUCGCCAACAGAUUCAACAGAAUGUUUAAAAGUACAAAUUCACAAUGAACCAUUUCAGUCAUUAUUAAAAACCAAAGAAAUUGAUUGUAUAGUUUCCCCGGCAAAUUCGUUUGGGUUAAUGGAUGGAGGAUUAGAUUAUGAUUUAUCAGAGUAUUAUGGUGGAGUUAAUACAUUGAUCCCUGUCGUACAAAAAGAAAUAGAAAAGGAAUGGUGUGGAGAACAAAAUGUUGGAACUUGUAUGUUAGUUGAUCUACGUAAUCUAAUUAAACAAUUACCUUCUAAAGAAAAUUACCCAGUUUACUUGGCUCACUGUCCAACCAUGAGAACUCCAAAAGCAUUAGAUCCUUGUGAUGAUAUUGUUUACAGAUGUACUUGGGCUUUGUUAACUCAUAUUCGUAAUCAUAAUGCAAGAUUAUUUGAAAAUGCAGAUAAGAAAAACCAUUAUGUCUUUGAAAAGCAUCAACGCAUAAACAGUGUUAUUUGCGCCGGAUUUGGUACGGGAGUUGGUGGUUAUCCAGAAAUUACUUGUGCUAAACAAAUGAUGUUGGCUGUAAAGAACUUUGUUGAAGCUCCUGCAAAUAAUGAAACAAAGGAACAAAAUGAUAAUAGUGAAGGUUGGGGAAGUAAUUGGUUAAUACAAUGGUCUUAUGCAAGAAGGAUCGAAAGUUCUGUUCAAUCUUUGUUUCGUAAAAAUUACCAAUAAGGAAAUGUAAAUUAAAUAUUUGUGUUAAAUUAGAAAUAUGUUAAAUAUGUUGAUUUAUUGAUUAUAAAUAAAAAC